ACGACGUCCCCAUCCAUCGACCUGAAGUGCUUCUACACUAUCUGGGCCCCAUAUGAUCUGUCAACCGCUAGUGAAGCAUCCCAAGACACUUCAUCCAACGCCGCGACGCAUCAACGUAUCAACGUAUCAAGGCAUCUCUGCUUCUGCUUCUGCUCCUGCUCCUGCUUGUGCGUCUACAUCUGCACAACCCACCUGUUCACUUUUCUGCCGCCCCGAAUCUAUUUGUUCGUUCGACCUGUCGAGGAUUCAAAGCAACCACGGCACCUCAGCAAAACGCACGACGCCAGCUCCCCGCGUUUAAUGCCCGACCUAACCUAAGAAGUUACCUGACACCUGCAGACCCCGAACAACGCAACUGCAACCCUGUCUCUGUAGUUGCAGCCCCCCCCCUUGGCUCGACUCCGGCACACUAUUCCGGACCCUUUCCAAUUCCCAAGGUCUUCAACGGCGCUGAGCUCGCUGCCGCCCAAUCCGCCAUCCCCUGGAUAUUGGGUCACUUUCUAUAAGACCAUCCUGAGCCCCCACCGGCCCUCCAAGCUCGGGACCCCCCUUUUCUUCCCCACUUCACCAUCAAGAACAGCAACAACAACAGCCAUAACUCGGACAUCUCGUCUGAACAAACCCCUCACCUCUUUUCCCUCUCACGCUCUCACCACCCUCCCCACCCCUUUUUCACUCUACUCUCACCACCUCACACACACACACCCCUCACCAUCCUCCAAUAUGCCUCCUUCUACUACCCCCAAAAGGCAAACACGCUCAAGUCACUCCUCCACCAGCCAGGAAUCUCGAAAUAGGAGGAGUAACGACUCAUAUGGCUCUAACUCAACUGCGCCCACCUCCCUCUACACCUCGCCCCGUCCCUCUGGCUUGAAGCGCUCCCCCGCAUCAACAGGAAGCAGUGGUACGUCCAGGAGUUACGACUACCAAAACGAUGUCAGCCCUACCACUUCCCUCGACUCGCGCUCCUCCGUCGAGACAUAUGCCUCGACGACAGCUUCAUCUGAGGAUAUUGCCACCCUGGACGACAAGUCGUUGGACUACGAGUACAACAGCAUCCCGCCGCUUCCCGUGUACCGCCGCGAGCUUGUCGAGCCCAAUGUCCGCCCUUCAACCCCCCAAGACUUCGCCAAACUCUUCCCCUCGCUCAACCGCCUGACAAUUCGCCAUGAUGAGUUUACUUCCGACGGAAACAUGAACUUGCGGAUCGACACAGUGGUGACGGGACGGAGGAGAACGGCCAUCCAGCUCUUCCAUCUUCGCAUGUACGAUCUGGCCAAGCGGGAAUUCUCGCUUCGUCGGUACUCGAGGGAUUCUGGUCGCGAGGUUUGCAACUCGAAGCGCAAGUACACUGAGCCGGGCGCUCCUUCGAGGCCCCAAUCCAGGGAUCACGAUGAGAGGCCAACGCUGAAGCGCUCCAUGUCGACCGCGAUCAAGAACUUGGGUGGUGGAAAGCCGGCUCUUCGCCGCGCGAAGUCGGGCAUGGCAGCCUUGGGCCGCCCUGGCACGGGCUACUCAUCUUCUGAUGCGGAUGAUGAGAUCUUCCACGAUCGGAGCAACUUGUCUCGUCUGUCACUCGAUCAUCACAAGGCCCAGAGGCCGCAGCCUACCAACACUAUCAAGCUUGAGUUCAGUAACUAUGCCCGUGUGGAUGUGCAUCGUCGGGGCAGCAAGAACAACAAGCGCUACGAAUUUGAGUGGUGGGGCCACAAGUACAGCUGGAAGCGUCACUUUGACAAGCAGCUGAACUCAGUGUCCUUCCACUUGAUCCGAGACGGGAACUCCAGCGCGCCGGUCGCGCAUAUCGUUCCCGAGACAAGGUCUCCCAGCCAGGUGCUCGCUGACGAGAACGCUGGUGGCUGGGUGCCUCCUUGCUUCAUGUGGAUCGCCGAUGAGACCAUCGUGGAUGCCAUCACUGAUGUUGCCGAUGUCAUUAUGUCUACCGGGCUCAUGGCUCUCGUGGAUGACUGCAUCAAGGAGCGAUGGCAGACCAAGAAGGUCCAUCACAUUCCCGUUCCCUUGAUUCACAAGACGGUCAGCUUUGAGAACAUCAACCCCAGGGCUAUCAUGCAGAGCAUUUUCGGCCGGCGGCACUCCCACUCAAGUGACCGCCCGCCCUCGGCACCAUCGAGCCCUCUGCGAUUCGCGAAUCCCGUGCCGGUCUACUAGACCGACCGACUGCACACUUUGAGCUGCAGUCUUUUUUUGAACUUUUUCCUUGCCACCGGCAAUGUCAUGUACUCGGGCCGAAAGGCGGUUGGAUGUGGUUGGAACACCCUACUUUCCGGCUUUCCUUCUCCCUGUCAGUGGUUUUCGGCGCCCGACACAGCUGCCACGUGUUGCUGCCCAACCACGAGACGGACAGGUUCCCAAAGUUCUGGGAACCCAUAAGGAGAACAUGGCGACGCCUCCUUGAUCUGAGAUGGUUGAGAACACGGGGCACCGAUGACGACGUUUCGCCUCUUAUUUCCCUUGUAGAGUUUUCCGUGUGUUUUUUCAUUCUUGUUCUAUAUCUGGGCCCUUUUCUUGUUUUUCUUUUCACCAUCUUGUCUACUUUAAAAAGCGUUUUUCGUUGUGUCAUUUGCCCUUUGGCUGCUAUUAUUAUCACUACAGCGAUUUCUUGUUUGUUUUUCUUUUUUGGAAAGGAACUAAUCCGGGUCAGCAUGGAUGUUUAAUGGACAUGGCGUUUCUUUUUGUUUUCUCAUCAUCAUUCAUCACCAACAGACACUUGGCGAAAAGGGGGGACAGGCGCACUCAACACACACUCUCACAAACGCAUAUGGAGGGGAAUGGUUGGGUAUGGGAUAGGUUGUCGGCAGCAUGAUGACAAGGGGAGUUUUUCCUUUUUCUUCUUCUUUUUUCUGACAUCUAUUUGGGUAUCUCAUCAUGAUCAUGGGCAUCUACGGUAGCAUUUUUUGGAGCAUUUCACGUUGUUUUUUACUCUUUUCUUUUUUUCUUUUUGUUUUUGUUGGAAUAUGGGCUUGGAUGGUGGUGGAAUGGCGUGUUAUGAUGGAAAUGGAAAUGAUAUGAAUUGGAGGAGGGGAUGAGCUCACAUGAUGGGGAUGACUUGUACUGGCAUAUAUGCGUGGCUCUCACCAGGAGCUUUACUUUCUUUCUUGCACUCUAACCCAACUACUCUCCUCUCACGGGGACGAAGGCAGUCACAGAUGGACAGAAACGUCAAAGCAUUUUCUUUUGUCGAUACAUAUACAACAACUAUACAUACAUACCAACA